GGCAAACGCGAAACAUGAAGCAGAAACACGAAGUGGCUGCUUUUGUUUAGCGCCUGAGAGUUGGCUGUUUCUUCACAAAAGUCGUUUUUGGAACUAACUCAACCCAUCUCACUCAUCGACCAUGGAGGAGUACAGAUCGAUAAACAGGGAGCAGUUUGGCCGUGGCGGUCGCUUCUUCAAACCCUCCUCCCCUGACGGCUUCAGCCGUGCCCACGACAGCUCCUACACCGCCCGCUACGACAACGCCUCUGGCGUCUCCCUCGACGCCGAUGUCGUGGUGGAUCGCCAGCGUGACCGCAAGGAGCGCCGACGGCGGGAGCGGCAGCAGCAAAAGCAGUCCCGGAUUCAAAUGCACGAGCAACUCGCCGAGGAGCGCCGGCAUGCGCGUCAGCAGGCGCAGGAGCGGAGGGCGACGGCGCAGGCGGCGGCGCAGCGCAAGCGGCAGCGCGCCGAGCGUUCCGCGGCGAAGUCCGAGCGGGCGGCCAAGAAGAAGACGCAGAAACUCGAAAUGCCGGCGGAGGCGGGCAAAGCCAAAACGACGCGAGGGGCCAAGGUGGCGCGUAUCGACGGUGCAAAUGCCCCGGCUGACUUCAAGUCGAAGGGCUUGAGCAAGAAAGGCGAAUUGGAGAACGGUAAAAUGAGCGUGGCGGCGGUAAAAGCUGCAUCGGCUUCUCCACGCCCGCUGUCGUCGUCCUCUUCCCUCCUCGUCACCGCGCCGGCCCCGCCGUCCGAUUCCACCGCGGUGCCUCUGCAGGUCACAGAGAAGGUGCGGCGGCUGGUGAACAAGCUGACGAUGACCAACGUGGCAGACCUCACACAUGACUUGAGCGCCUUCAUGUCCACCGCAGGCGUGUCUCGCGCAGCCGUCGUGAAAAGCCUCUCACAGCAAAUUGAGCGGCUCUGCCGGCUGGAAACGGGCCCGAUGAACACAACGGGAACGCUGCCUUUUGCCGGCCUUCUGCGUGGCAUGCAGCUUCUCCAUGGCAAUCAAGUCGGCGCGGAGCUUGUGGAAAGAGUAAGCUUCUCCCUGCAGAGCCAGCUCGCGGCGGGCGAGGAGGCCGCGGCGUGCAACAUGCUCAUGGUUCUCGCCCAGCUCUACCUCUUAUACGGCGUUGACUUGGUGUUCGUGAUGUCCCUCCUGCGCAUGCUGCUUCGACAGGGCACACGCGUCUUCCUGGAAGAAAGGGCCGGCGCGGCGGCCGCGUCGCAGGCGGUGUGCGCAGCGGCGUGCGGGUUGGCGCUCAUGCGCGCGUGCGGUGAGAAGCUGUUGAAGGAGAGCCCUUCCGAGUUGGAAGCUGCGUUGCGGGAGGCACGUGCGGCGUCGGCGCAGAUGCGCAGCCUCACCGGUACUGCGCGCUUCUCGGCGCUGGUGGAGGUGAUGGGCGACAUCGCGGCCGGCCGGACCCGCACGUCACGCCGCACCGCCACCGAGGACGCCGCCCCGAUCGAAGCGAUGUUGGAGGACUUGUGCGCCUUGCUGCCCGGGCAGGCGAAGGCGUCCGCCACGCAGCGGCGCACGAUGAAGCGGCUGGUGCUCUCGACGAACAUUUUGACCGGUCUCACGUGGGGUCAGGUGACGGCGCCGGAGAAGCCGCCGCGGUGGUACGUACCGGGCGUGAUGGAAUCCGCAGCGGCUGAAGACGAUAAUGGCGGCGCAAAGCGGUCCCAGCGCGCUCGCAAAGCUGAAAGUGAGCAUGAUGUCUACCACAACAAUGGUGCGGACCUUGAUGAUGAUGCGGAUAUGGAUGGUGAUGAAGCCAGCUCCGAUGGGCGCUCCGCCGCCUCUGUCAGCUCUUCUGAGAGCGACGGGAGCGAGGAGGAGUUGGACGAGUACGAGCUGAAACGUGAGCGCAUUGCACGCAUGCGGACCGAGGAAAAGGCGAUCAGCGGGCAGCGCCUCAACACGGAGCACAAGCGGGAGAUUUUCAAGUGCAUCGCCAACGCCACCGACGAUUUGGAGUGCUUCACGAUGCUGAUGUACCGCGACCCGGGCUACACGCGCUUACACGAUGUCUGCUCUGUCUUGCUGCAGUGUGUAUAUCAAGAAAAGAAGUACAAUCCUUACUACGCGCAGGUGCUGAUGCGGUUCUGCAGCGCGAAGCCGGCAUGCGUGAAGACGCUGCAGUUUGCUAUUUGGGACCGCUUCAAGGCAAUCCGAAUUGAGGACACGGACAUCGUCGGCUACCUGAACUUCUCGUGCUGCCUGGCUGACUUCAUGCAAGACGGGGUGUUCCACCUGGGCAUCCUGCGUGGGCUGGAUUUAGAGAACACAAACAAAACCAUCGGCCUCUUCACGCGUGUGCUUCUCCUGCGGCUCAUCUUUCAAUUGCCAGCGGGGAGGCUUACGCAGCUCUUCUUUGGCGGUGACGGCCGCAGCGCGCACGAUCUGCAGGUGGACACGAGCGCGCUGCGCCGGCUACUGGAGAAGUUUAUGGCUCUCUAUUUUGUAGACGAGAACGCGUCAAGGCGGUGGCUGCCUCACUUUUAUGAUGUGGUGGCUGUCGGCACCGCCUUUGACACAACAGAGACCAGACAACACAGCAGCUCGGCGAAUACGGCGGAUGCAGCGGCUCGGCUGCUAUCGCGGAACGCUGACCGUCCCACGUCCACGUUGUCGGCGAACGCGGCCACGCCGUCGUCUUCGCGGGCUGCGGCGGCAGCGAUGGAGGCCAACGGUGCGGUGUCGCCUGAGGCGUUGCUGGAGCAGUUUAUGAAGCGAGUGCAGGUGGCCUACAAGGCACUGAGGCAAGGCAUUUCGUAG